UGAACUGUAAAUGAGAAAGCAAGUCAAACUCAUUUAACUGAUUUCUCCUCUGUUUCUAUUCAGAUAACUGAAGACAAAUCUCUUCCAAACUCAAUGAAGGAGACAAACUACUCUCGCGUGACAGAGUUUGUGCUGCUCAGUCUGUCCAGUUCAAAGGAGCUCCAGCCUUUCCUGUUUCUCAUAUUUUCACUGUUGUACCUCUCCAUACUGCUGGGAAACUUCCUCAUCAUUCUCACAGUGACUUCAGACUCUCGACUUCAUACCCCCAUGUACUUUCUGCUUGCAAACCUGUCUUUUAUAGAUAUAUGUGUGGCCUCUUUUGCUACCCCAAAAAUGCUUGCUGACUUUCUGGUUGAACGAAAAACUAUAUCUUUUGAAGCCUGCAUGGCUCAGAUUUUCUUUGUUCAUCUCUUUGCUGGUGGUGAGAUGGUACUUCUAGUGUCCAUGGCCUAUGAUCGCUAUGUAGCAAUAUGUAAGCCCCUCCACUACAUGACAAUCAUGAGUCGCCGUGUCUGUAUCAUUUUGGUCAUCAUCCCGUGGUUUGUGGGUUUCAUCCAUACAAUGAGCCAGUUAGCAUUCACUAUUAACUUGCCAUUUUGUGGUCCUAACCAGGUAGACAGUUUUUUCUGUGACCUCCCACUGGUGACCAAGCUAGCUUGCAUAGAUACUUAUGUUGUCAGCUUACUAAUAGUUGCAGACAGUGGCUUUCUCACCAUGAGUUCAUUUCUCCUCUUGGUUGUCUCCUACACUGUGAUUCUCAUUACAGUUAGGAAUCGCUCCUCUGCUAGCAUGGCCAAGGCCCGUUCCACUCUAACUGCCCAUAUCACUGUGGUCACACUAUUCUUUGGACCAUGCAUCUUCAUCUAUGUGUGGCCCUUUAGUGGCUAUUCAGUUGACAAAGUCCUUGCUGUGUUCUACACCAUCAUUACACCAAUUUUAAACCCAGUAAUCUAUACUUUGAGAAAUAAUGAAGUAAAAGCAGCCAUGUCAAAGCUGAGGAGUCGCUAUCUGAAACCUGGACAGGUUUCUGAACUGAUUAGGAAUCUUCUUUUUCUGGAAACAAAGAAAAAUGACAACAUUGUCAGCAUUUUAUCUUCCUCCUAG